GUCAAAUGUCAAAUUUCGGUAAUUACAAUCAAGUAAGGUUAGGUGGUUGAAAUUUAAUUAUAUCAAAAUAGUAUGUUUAAAUCUCUAACAAAAUACAAGUUCCGAUGGAGAAAAUUGCGCAUGUAACAAAAUAAUUAUAUUUCCAUUAUACUAUCAGUUUAUUAAUAGUGAAGAAAAAUCAACGCCAAGGAACCUUACAAGCUUUUGUGGGGGUUGUGAUUAUUUCAGGUGGUUGUGGUACAUUAAUUUUUAAAGCCUGGAUAAAGAAGAUAAUGAACUAACUUCGGGGAAGCAGAAAACCUUUAAUGUAGUUGAACUUCAAUAUAAUUAUGAUAUUCUCAAAAUGUGGCAUGAAGCUAGACGUCAAGAAAGAAAAAUUCGUGGUAUGCUUGUUGAUUAUCGACGAAGGGCAGAACGCAGACGAGAUUUUUAUGAAAAAAUAAAGGCAGACCCAACACAAUUUUUGCAGAUACAUGGACGACAAUGUAAAAUACAUAUAGACCCAAACAUAGCAGCAGCUGCUGACAAUGCUGUAAUGAUGCCUUGGCAAGGACAAGCUGAUAAUCUCAUAGACAGGUUUGAUGUUAGAGCUCAUUUAGAUCAUAUUCCACAAAUUAGUAGGGAUGAAGAAGAGAAACUGACCCAAGAGGAAAGACAUCUUAAUUAUGAACGCUAUCGAAUAAUUGCUCAAAAUUCAUUUCUAGGAGCAACAGAAGAAAAAUUCUUAAAACAGCUUCAUUUAGAAGAACAAUUUGGAUACACAGAAGUUAAAUAUAAAAAAGAUGUUAGAACUGGAGCAACUAUUGGAUAUAAUUAUGAGGAUGGCACCGUAGUGCCUACUCAGAAUAUUGAAGGAUCUGAUCACGAAAAUUCAGAUAGUGAUUUAGAUGUAGAUCUAGCCAUAAAUGUUUCUAAAAUGGAUACUGUUCAAGCUAAUGAGAUGAAUAAGCAUGGUCGUAGUUACGGUAUGAGCUCAAAUGACUUCUAUUCAUUUUUGAUCAAUGAUUUAGAAGAAGCUGAAGCAGUCAAAUUGGCAAGAGAAGAAGAACAAGAAAAGGCUUUGUUUUCUGGCAGAAAAUCUAGAAGAGAAAGGCGAUAUCAUAGAGAAAAAAGACUAGCUAAUAGAACUAUAAGUCCGCCUAGUUAUGCUGCCAAAACUUCUCCAACUUUGCUCAAUUUGCGUGAAAGUAAAUCCAAGUCCCGCACCAGAUCUCCAUCACCUGACAACUCAGGAAAAAUAACAUAUAUAACAUUUUUUGGAGAAGAUGAGGAAACACCUUCAAGUAGUAAAGCUACUUAUUCUAGUAAAGUGAAACUUGGAAAACCUAAAUCUAAAGCAGAAUCCACAGAAUUGUCUCCAAGUAAACGAAGGUCUAGAAGUAGAAGUAAAGAUAAAUACAGUAAUAGAGUAACUAGAUUUUAUAGAAAUAGAUCAAGAAGGAGAUCAUUAUCCCAAUCGAGGUCAAGGAGUAGAUCAUAUAAAAGGAGACGAAGUUCUUCUAGUCGGAGCAAAUCCAGAAGUCGUUCAAGAUCUAGAAAAAGUAAAAGUAAUUCCAUAGAAAAAUUUAAAAGCUUUCGCAGGCACCGAUCUUCAUCAUCUAGCUCUUCAAGUGAUACCAGUACCACCUCUAGUAGUACUGAUACUCUUUAUAAUUCAAGUAAAAGCUCUCCAGAUAAAAAUUUACUUAGUAGUGAAAAUUCUAUAGAUCCUCCAACAAAAAUGGUACCAAGAUACUAUGGUAGAAAUAAAAAUGAUAAAAGUUCUUCUGAGCUUACAGAUGAAGAAGAGGAAAUGAAUAAACCAGGUGAUAAUUCACAGUGUCAAACUAACAACAGCAAUUUGGCCACAUCUAACAAGAAACAAUCUGUGAAUUUGAAAAUCACUGAACGUCUUAAAAGAAAAAGACAGGCUCUAUUAAAUAGGCAAUAUAAAGCAGAUAAAAUAGCAGCACAAAUGAAAACGGAAAGAGAAAGAUUAGAACAGCAAACAAGAGAAGAUGAAUUACGGGAAAUGGCUAUUAAACUUAGAAAAAGACAAAGAGAAAAACGUCAUGCAAAUGACAGCUUAAGCUCUUCUGAUUCUGACAGUAGUAGAAGUGAUAAUUCAAUUAAUAGAAGAAAAUCUCGUGGUAGUAGUACAGAACAGGAGAGAGACCACUCACGAAGACAUGAUACUAGAAAGUAUCAUUAUAGACGUGAAGAUGUAGAAAAGAAAGAUUAUAGAAGUAGUACUGGUAGGCGUAGCAUUAGUAUAGAAAGAAAAAGAGGAAGUAAAGACGUAGGUAAUGAAGAUCAAAGAUCAUGGACAUCUUCAUCUAAUAAGGGAUCUAGAGAUAGGAGUAGAGACAACGGUGAUAAAGUCAGUACCCCCAUAAAAAGAAAUCCGAAGGAUUAAGAUUUGGACAUUUUGGUGAUAAUUCAAUGACCUGUUCUGCCUAUUAAUUUGCCUGCAUAGGAAAAAAAUUAGCCAAAUGCAGCACAAAUCUACGUGCAAAAGUUCCAAAUAUCUUUUGUCAAAAAAUAUUUCCCUAUAAAUCAAUUUCCUGAACAUUGAGCGUGGCCUUCCUGGUAUGCAUUCUCAUAACCUCAGUAUUGACAAUUUUGUCCAUUUACCUCAACAAUAUUUACUGGAAUGUUGUUUAUAUUUAGGUGACCCAUAAUUUGUUCACAAAACUUCAAUUAAGAUCAUUAAGAUGCAAUUUACGUUCCACGAAAAUUCAUUCAACUGACGGCUCACUAAUUUCAAUAUCAUUAGAUAUUUGUCUAGUAGAGAUAUAGAGUUAGGAUAAUAUUGACCAAUAUUACAUUAAUAUCUUGUUAGUACUUGUUAUCCUCAAUUGUCUAUUCUCACUCAUUUAUCAUCACAUUUCAUUUACAAUACUUUGCUUUAUGACUGGCAGAUUGGGUUUCUUUUGUCCAAAAAUUUGUGUUCUUGCUUUAUCUCUAAAUCCAAUUAUUUGUAAAUAAUAUUGUGCUUUUCGGUUCAAUAAAUCAUAUUAAAUGAUUUCUCCAAAAGAACUGACUUAACUAAUAAUUAAUAUUUUUAAACUUAAAAACAUUUGUUUACUAAUUAAAAAACGCAAUACUAUUUUUGUUUAAUAUUCAAAUUGCAGGUUUUUCCAAAAAUGUUAUAGUAAACAAAUUGUUUGGUAAGGAAUGAAAAAUUUAAUAUUUGACAGUGAAGUAUAUCUUUACAUGUCAUAUCCGUAAUUAUAGGGCCCUAUAUAUGUGUAAUGUCACAGAUGACAAGAAAAUAAAGACAAAAUCAAUAUUAUCUCUGAAAGAAAAGGGCUCGUCUAAUUAAUUUUUUAGUUGCUUUACUCCAUGUAACAUUAUCAAUAUUUACAACCGUGGAUAACAAAAGAUCGUUUUAAGUAAUAAAUAGUGAACUUUUUCAAAACGAGAACCCAAUUAAUGAUACUUAAAGUUCUCCUCUAUUAGAAAAUAUAUUGACUUUAAGUAAUUACUUUGUAACAAUUCCUUUUUUAUUGAUUAUUAAUUUAACUUUAUUUUUUUAGUGGCACUAUAAGGGAGAUUAUAUUAAUUUAUUGGGUUGUUCUAAUUUUUAUUUCGUUAUUAUUGAUCAGAAAACGGUUUAUUUAUUAUAAUUCUAUUGAUGUCGUUUUUUGAAUAAUUUCGUAAAAAAUAUCUAUACCACAGUACAAUAGGAUUUUCUACCCCAUUGUUGGAGAUUUAACUUUCCAAGUACAAAUAACUAGAACAGUGCUUAAAAAAAUGAAACAAAUAACAUAUACAAUUGUGUCUUUGGAAGUGCCAAGUUAUCAUCUCUGUUUCUUCAGGAAAAAUGUCACGUACAUUAUCUUCUGCUUUAUUGUAUGUAUGUUUUUUACCGUCUCUUGAAGUGGAAAAUUCUUACUAUACUUAGAAACGAUCUAUGAGAAUGAGUUAAAACCAUCUACUCAAAAUACUGCUCCUCAUAUCUUUAUUUUUCUUUCCGCUUGCGUUUGAACUGGUCUAAUUAUGGCUAGAGUGUUUUCAUCUUCUCUUUUUCUAGAUAGUCAGUAAGAUUACAUUUUCGGAAUUACUGUGACCAUGACCUUACGGAUAGAAAAACGGUUGUGAUUUCUUGCAAGCGCGUUUUUCCAAAGAAGUCCAUUGUUUGAAGGGUACUUUUCGUUUAUGAGGUAUAAUGAUGUACCCAAGUUUGCGUUUGAAGAUAUCUCAGAUAUUCGUUUAAAUUUUCAAUGCAAACUUUUUGUCAGCAUUAAGCAAUCGUUACACCCACCUUGCAGAUAGGAUUUAAUAUGUUUAAAAUAUUGCAUACUUGUUUGGUUGAAAUAUUCACUCAUUAGUUAUCUCACAUACUUUUAUUUUACGACAAAUCAUUCCAUGGGACGAAGAGCUUCCAGUAUAAUAUUAACAUAACUUUUACUCUUUUUUAUUGAAUUGUUGUUUUACAUGAAAUAAUUUUAAUUACACGCCCUAACUGUUCUUGCAAGUUUUCCAAAUGUCUCAUUACAUUGAGAGUUUCAUCGUUGAAUAUUGGUCCAUUAACUUGAUUUUUACUAUCUCUGCACACAGAUUAACUUUUUCUAGGCGUUGAGUGUGGCCUUCCCUUCUCCAACAUGGAUUCCCAUAAACCCCGUAUCAAUAAUUUUGUCGAUACGGGAUGUUCAGCAUCAUCCAUGUUUAUAUGGCCAUUUUUAAACUCAGACAACCACUUACAAAUCAUUUCAAGGGACGGAGCGCUGUCAAAAUAAUAUUUGUAAUUUUCCUCGAUUUCUUUAAUUGUAUUUCAUUGUAAAGUUUAAUUAACACUGAAAUUGUUUUUUUUUAUAUCAACCCAACAACGGAAAUAGUUUUUCAUUCUGCUGAUCUAUUUACACUAAAAUUUUAACCGAUGACAUCAGAAACAUGGCGGACACUAACUAUAUAAUCACCAUUGUCAAAUUCUAGUAAUUUGUCCGUCAAACCACCCACUUAUAUAUUUCUUUUUAAUAAUAUAUUUUAUGUAGAUACAAAAUAAACUUUGAAAAUUGGAAAA